UAAAAAAAUUUUAACUAUCAUUAUUUAUUUUUAAUGUUUUCAUUAAAACUUGUCAACUUUUAUUUUUUUUUAUUUUCUAUGAUUUUUUAUACAAAAUCAAAUCGGAGUAACAAAAAAAUUAUAGAUCAAUUAGAUAAUUUACUAAUGUAUUCAGGAUGGGACAAUUUAAGCGGAUUGCAUUGUAUAACAUAUAACAAUACAUUAUAUUAUCUUUCAAGCCUGAUUGAAAUACCUACAGAACAUAUUAAAGGUGAUCGAAAAAUACGAGCUUUGACGGUAUAUCUUGGAUGCUCAUAUGCCAAAAUCAUGAAUAGUAUUUUUUCAGUAAUAAGUAUGGCUACACAAAUUUGUGAAAAAAAAAUUAAAGAAGAAAAUGACUUAAUAAACGGAAUUAUUUGGAAAGAAGAAAUCAUAAAUAUAAUAUCCAAAUUUAUUAUUCCAAUGGUAACAAUGAUGAAAGGAGCUAUGGACGCUUUGGAUUUAUUACAUAAAAGACCAUGGGUCUUUUGUGUUAGACCUUAUUAUAUGGCAAAUCCUAUAUUAGGGGAAAUAGAAGAUAUUCUUGACAACUUAAAUAAACAAACGCUAUCAUGUGAUAAUGAAUUCACAAUCUUAUCCACGCUACAAAUUAUAUAUACAUUUUCUAAUAAAAGAAUAUUUAAUAUUGUUAAUGAAACUAAAGGCUAUUGUAAUUUUUUCCGUUAUGAUAAGAAUUAUUUAUGGGAAGAAUGGUCUAAGGAAUAUAAAUCCCUUAAUGAACAAGACGUAAAAUUAUUAUUUAUCACAUUCUUAACCAAAAAAAUUAAGGCUUAUAUAAAAGCAGUAAUUAUAGAAAAGUAUUUUAACCUCGGAUUUAAAUUUGAUCCAUUUACCGAAGAAACAUUUAUACCAACACCAACAGAACCAAUAGAACCAGAAUUGGAAUUUAAAGGAACAUAUGAGGAGCCUUAAUUUAAAUACAUAUAGAAACUGAUUAAAUGAUGUAAUGCAAUUAAUUUAUCAUAAAUUAAUGGUAUAUUUAUAGGAUAAUAAUCUGAAAUAUAUAUAUAUAUAUAUAUCAUAGAUAUAAUAAUUAAAUUUUAGACAUUUAAGUUUUUUUGUAUAUGUUUGCGGACAAUAUAAAGUUCAUAAUAAAAAAUAGAGGGAAAAAAUUAAUUAAACAGAGAUUUAGAAAGAUUGAUUUGAGAUUAUUUUGUUUUGAAUAAUAUCUUUAUUGGUUAAAUAGAAAUAUUUUGUAUAUAAAAAUAGAUCAAUCUGAAAAUAUAUCGUAUUUUAGUUUGGAAAAUCCAAAAUUAUAUACAAUUACUAUUAUGACAACUACGUGGUAAUUUUAUAUAAAUAAUUUUAUACAAUUUACUCCUAAUCAAUGUAAUAAUGUAGCAAAGUCUGUACAAAAAUUUCAAUUUUUCAACUUAAGUUUUGAAUAUGUUCCGGAAAUACUUAAUGAGCUUUAAAUUUAUGUUGUAAUAAAGCUUAUUGUAUGAACAAUAAAUUCAAAAAAAAGAAAAUUAUCCCGACGACCUAUCUUCUAUGUUCAAAUUGUUGUCAGUGUUAAAAAACAAAAUUUGCGAUUCCAUAUUUUAUUUUUUCAACUCAAAAUUACUAUAACUUUUUAAGAAACGUGAAGAUCAAUAUAAUUUUUUUAUUUUUUUAUAAAUACUUUAUGUUUACUUCUAUCAUUUGUAUAUUAUAUAUUAUAUAUAUUUGUAUCAUGUAUUUCCAUCAUAUCUUCUUCUUCUUCCUCGCCUUAAUCCCAACUACUUGGGAUACCCUUAACCUAAACUUCCUUUUGACACGAUCUCCCACAUUCUCUACGCUCACAUCAGCUGUCCUUUUAUCGCAUUCAAUAACAGUUAUACAAACACAAAUUAUAUCCCAUGGUGAGUUUGUACUUAAUGAUACGAAUUAUUUAUGGGAUGAAUGGUCUCAAGAAUAUGAAACCUUUAUUGACCAAGACGCAAAAUUAUUAUUUAUCAAAUUCAUAACCAAAAAAUCAAGAAUACACAGAAACAGUAAUUAGAGAAAAUUAUUUUCAACUCGAAUUUAAAUUUAAUCCAAUUACGGAAGAAGCAUUUAUACCAACACGAACGGAACCAAUAGAAUCAGGUAUUUAUAAUAACUUAUAUUAAUUAAAAUAUCAAUUCAAUGACUCAUAAAUUAUUAUUUUUUGAAUUUAAAAUUGAAAAUUAAAGCAACAAAUGAAUACUGAAUACUUAUAAUUAUAAUACAAAUAUUUCUUGAAUGCACAUAUACAAAAGUUAUAAAAUAAUUAUAAAAGAAAACUACAAUGUUAGAAGAACUCAUAAACAUAAUAUCCAUUAUAAUUUUCCCAAUGGUAACAUUGAUGAAAGGAGCUAUUGAAACUUUGGAUAACAUACAUAACAAUCCAUUGACUAUUCUUAAUAAUUACUUCAUUAGUACUUUAUUAGAAAGCAUAGAAAGUUUUCUUGGAAAAUUAAACAGACAAAAAAUAUUACAUAAUGAUUUAAUGACAUACAAGAAAAUAAAUGACAUAAAGAAAAUCUUAUUUAUUCUUAAUAAAUAAAUAUAAUAAUCAAGUACGGCUAUCAGUUUAAAUCUGUUCUUCUUCUUCUUCCUCGCCUUAAUCCCAACUACUUGGGGUCGGCCACCAUUAUCCUAAACUUCCACUUGACAAGAUCUUCCCACAUCAUCUACGCUCAAAACAGCUGUCCUCAAAUCGCAUUCAAUAACAUCUCUCCAUCUCUUUUUUGGUCUUCCUCUACCUAUUCUUCCUUCAACAUUCAUUUCUAUAAAUGUUUUACAGCUUCCGAUUCUUCUCUCCUCAUAACAUGACCAAACCAUCUAAGCCUAUUUUCUCUCAUCUUAUCAUACAGCUAAUUACAAAAAAUAUAAAAGCGAAAAUUAUAAUUGUUUUCUUUUUUGUGAAACUUAAUUAUUUAUUUUUUUAAUUGUAUAUAAAAUUUACUAUAUUUAAUAUUAUAAUUCUAAAUCCAUGCUAAAACAAUUUGAAUUCUCUUAAUUCUAUAGAAAAUUACUUUAUAGUUUUAGAGAACUAUCAUUUAUUUUUAAAUACGAAAAUUUACCACAACCCCACCAAACUGUAAAAUUAACUCAAUUUAAAAAUAUCUCAAUAAAACUAUAUAAUAUAACCUUAAGUUAUUUAAAAAAUUGAAAUUUUGUUUUGAAAAGUAAUAUUGUGAGUAAUUUUUCAAUAUUUUU